AUGUUCCAGACUAUUAACGCCAACAACAACUGGCUACAGUUCCCUAUCGUGUUUGUUGGGACAGAGAAGGCCAACCACUCACCCACACCAUCUCCAACAGGGCUAGAGGAGGACUACCAGUUCUCAUUUAAAUUCCUCCGUGAGAAGCUGGUGACAGACGACAUCAUCUAUUCCCGGCUGGCGAGAGUGUGUCGCAAUGACCCACACUCUACCAACAUGUGA